CGUCUGAUACAGAGCAAGUCGUGUUAUGGGCGUCAAUUGCAAUCACGUUUCAUUUAAAGGAUAAAGUUUAGUUGCAGCGGCUAAAAUACACUAUUAUUGAGCUAACCCGGAUGCCUUCAUCCUGUACUCAGGCUGGGCAAGGUGGAUCACUCGAUGAUAGACGUUUGGAAGUUGAAUUUUAUAACUGGACGAUUCGAUAUCUCUUAAAAUUUGUGACUGUCGCCUAAAAUAAAAUCACUCUCAUUCAAACACCAUGACGGAAUACAAACUCGUAGUCGUUGGUGCUGGAGGUGUAGGGAAGAGUGCACUAACUAUACAGCUGAUACAGAACCACUUUGUGGAGGAAUAUGACCCUACAAUAGAGGAUUCAUAUAGAAAGCAAGUGGUGAUAGAUGGAGAGACCUGUUUGCUGGAUAUCUUAGACACAGCUGGUCAAGAGGAAUACAGUGCUAUGCGUGACCAAUACAUGAGGACAGGAGAGGGAUUUCUCUGUGUUUUUGCUGUAAAUAAUGAAAAAUCUUUUGAAGAUAUCAAUCAGUACAGGGAACAAAUUAAACGUGUUAAAGAUGCUGACGAAGUACCUAUGGUCUUGGUAGGAAACAAAGUGGACCUGCCAUCCAGGACAGUGGAUACCAAGCAGGCUGGGGGUGUGGCAGAUAGCUUUGGAAUACCUUACGUUGAAACAUCAGCCAAAACACGACAGGGAGUGGACGAUGCCUUCUACACAUUAGUGAGAGAAAUAAGGAAAUAUAAAGACAGGAAGGGACCAAAAAGCAAAAGAAGCAAGACCCAAGGCAAGGGCUGUUGUUGUGUAUUGUAGCAACUUCAGGACUUAAUAAGUGACAUUUCUAGAUAGAAAACAUUUGAACAUUCAACUACUGAAGGACUUCGAUUCCAUAUUUACAUACAAAUAAGAAAAGGCUUAUGUAUUCUAGAAGCAGGACACAGAGCAAUGGAAUUCCUUCCGAAAGAUUUGCAUGUUUGACAUGAGUGCCCUGUCUGUGCAGAUGAAGUAAUGAAUUGCUGCUUGUGAUAAAGAACAUUUCACAGGAUGUUUUGUAAAAAGUGAUAUUUCUUACUAAAGUAUAGAAUUGCUCUUGAGAGCAGCCAUGAACCCGCCCCUAACUAGUACUUUUCGCAUUCUGCAUAGCUGAAGUAAAAUGAGAUUGUGUAGGUGGAUAGCUUGGGAUUAGACUCACAGUUGCUCAAAAACUGACACAGUAGCAAUGACAUUUCACUAAAACAGCACAUCGACAAACAUGUCUCCCUUCUGGCAAAUGAGAACCCUUUGGCUACACUGCAUGAUAAUGUUUAAUUUUUGUUAAGUUUCUUUUAGUAAGGAACAAGAAAACACCAUCUUUCCAAUUCAUGCAUCAGAUACAACCACAUUUUGUCAAAAAAAAAAA